AUGUCGGAAUCUGAUGAUGACGACGACGACGAAUAUGAUACUGUUGAGAAUGAGCUACAUGACUUGAUGUCGGAUUCUGAUGAGGACGAUGACGGCGAUAAUGGUACUGUUGUGAAUAAGGUACAGGACUUGAUAUCGGAUUUUGAUGAUGACGACGACGACGAUGAUGAUACUGUUGUGAAUGAGUUACAAGACUUGAUGUCAGAUUCUUAUGGUGAGGACGACUAUGAUGAUGAUACUGUUGUGAAUGAGGAACAUUACCUGAUUUCGGAUUCUGGUGAUGACGACGACGACGAUGAUGAUACUGUUGUGAAUGAGGUACAUGACUUGAUGUGGGAUUCUGAUGAUGACGUCGACGACGACAUUGAUACUGUUGUGAAUGAGGUACAUGACUUGAUGUCGGACUUUGAUGAUGACGACGACAACGACUUCGAUGAUGAUACUGUUGUGAAUGAGGAACAUGACUUGACGACGGGUUCUGAUGAUGAUACUGUUGUGAAUGAGUUACAUGACUUGAUGACGGACUCUGAUGAUGACGACGACGGCGAAUAUUAUACUGUUGAGAAUGAGGUACUGGACUUGAUGUCGGAUUGUGAUGAGGACGAUGACGGCGAUAAUGGUACUGUUGUGAAUAAGGUACAGGACUUGAUAUCGGAUUCUGAUGAUGACGACGACGACGAUGAUGAUACUGUUGUGAAUGAGUUACAAGACUUGAUGUCAGAUUCUUAUGAUGACGACGACGAAGAUGGUGAUACUGUUGUGAAUAAGUAA